AUGGGAGAUGAAGGGAAUGAAGAGAUGAGUAGAGAAAGUGAGGGGAAGCCGGCUCCUCUCCUGUGCCCUAAAGGGUGUUAGGAGUUAGUGUGGUAGUGAGCGUUAAUGAAACAGAUUUGUAGCAACUGCUGCACCCUCUCUGCAUGGUGCUGUCUCUGCUCAUCACACCAUAUUCUCUAUGUCUGACAGAGUGAAAUAGAGAGAGCACUCACAUAAUCCUGUCCUCUGUUCAUUCCUCCAGCUCUCCUCACACUCCAGCUUCUAAUGGUCUUUUACUUCCUGUGGUUUUUGUAAGCAGGUGUGGAAUCACAUCGGCACAUUUGAGUGUAUCGUACCCAGUAUCUCAUACCCAGUAUAUCAUAUUACCCUUCAGAGAAAACAUAAAGAUUACAUUUUAGUCAUUUAGCAGACGCUCUUAUCCAGAGCGAUACAGUGUGCAUACAUCUUAAGAUAUGUUUUCGUACUGGUCCCCCGUGGGAAUCAAACCCACAACCCUGGUGUUGCAAGUGCUAUGCUCUACCAACUGAGCUACACGGGACCAAACAUAAACCAUAACAUAAAACAUAACAUGUAAGUCUUCAAUGACACUUUAUUUGACAUUGUUCCCUCUGUUUAAAACAGGUAGACCUACUGACUUUCAACUUGUAGCAAAUAUCUAGUAGAUUUGCCCCUUUCCAGGGAAAAGACAUGCAACAAGAACAUCUCUGUUACUCAUCUCCUUCAUUAAGCCACUAUAAAGUGCAGAGAGCGAGGGAUUUGUUAGUUAGUUUCUGUAAUUGCCUCAUCCCUAAUGCAUCCCUCCAGUCCUGUAAUUCACAAACAGAGGAAUUAGCCCAAGUAAUGCAUUGUCUUCUCCAAGGUUAUGCUAAUCACAUGUUAAGUGCUUCCUGUAAGCUGUUGGUUAUGUCUCAACAUUAUUUGGUGCUACACAUGAACUAGAGAAACCAGGCACAACCAGAAGCCAUACACAGGACGUGAUGACCUCAGUCUUCUGCUUUACUGGUGAGGCUAGUGUUGAUAUCCCACCUAACCAUUUUUACCAUCAGCUUACAGGAGUGGUGAACAGGGGGAGAGAGGCAGGGAAUCCCUUUUACGAGAUGAACAGCGGUGUUACUUAGAACACAUCUCCAACAGUGCUCAAUGGUCUCUGUGACACUUUUUUGAUUGUUGUUAAUUGAAUACUAAUUUGACACACAGCUAGUCUGACCUUCUAAGCUUAAUGAAAAGCAUGUUGGUCAUUACACAUUUUAUUUCCACAGCCUUAUGCUGAUUUAAUUGAUAUAUUUUGAUGGAUUGGUUUUUCUCUCGUUAUCAUCACAGAAUAGCGAGAGUCGAGAGAUAAGCGCCGCUGUAAUUUCCAGUGUGUUGCUAAGCCAUCGUCUCUCAUAAUAUAUCAUAUAUUAUAGCUCCUCCCUCAACCUGGAUUUGUUCCUGAAAUUAUUGGUCAUACAAGGUAUAGCUGACAUUUCAUUUCGGAGGUUUGACCAAUCAUUUCAGGAACAAAUCCAGGUUGAGGGAGGAGCUAUAAUAUAUGAUAUAUUAUGAGAGACGAUGGCAUAUAUAUAUAUAUAUAUAUAUAUAUAUAUAUAUAUAUAUAUAUAUAUAUAUAUAUAUAUAUGAGAUGUGUAGCUACCAUUUUGUGUUGCACACCUUUUCAGCUACACACAUCAUCAGUGAACUCUGACUCACUGCAUAAAACACCUUUGAUAAGCCCAAAGGAAUCUUGCUAGAUCAUCUUUUUUUAAAGGCUAUAGGUGUAUUUGACAGAAACACUAGGGAUCCUUCAUGCCUCAAGGCAUGGAGCUGAGCUGACUCUAUUGAACCGAAUAAUUUAUCUACUGGAGCAACAGAGCAAUAUUGCCAGAACAUUUAUAUGAAGGUUACAACGUAUUUGUUCAGAAGCAUAACAGGAAGCUUUGCUCUGUUACACCCACAAGGCAUAGUGAGAUAUCUAUUAAGUCCACGUUCUUGUGUAGGAGCAGACAAGCCUGGGCAGAACAUUGCUUAAUGGGAACAGGAACUUAGAAGGAUGCUGACUGUAUGGUUGAUGUAGGGACCGUGCAGUCAAGCGAGUGUCUGUUUGUCUGUCUGUGUGUAGGAUGAAGGUCUCUCUCUCUGUGUUCAGUGCCUGUGGAGAGGUUGAUUGUUGUAAUCUCUCUAGUGACUUUCUAAGGGUCAGCCGGCUGAGUGACACUGAUGUUCGAGCUACAGUGACCGUCUAUGUUGUGGUUGAGGUAACUCGUUGGGCUUUGUGACCGUAUGGAAGAAGUAUAGUAGGGGUCAGCCCUGUAGUGUAGUCAAGCCUGUUGUGUGGUCAACCCUGUUGUGUGGUCAGCCCUGUGGUAUGGUCAGCCCUGUAGUGCGGUUGAGUCUGCAGUCAUCUCUGUUGUGAUUGCUGAAGAUCACUCUCUGGGCUAUGAGACCGUGUGGACAACUCUGUACUGUGGUUGGUUGACCCCAAGAGUUGUCUGCUCUGGUUACAGUCACUGUCUCGACUGUGACGUUGAGGUCGUUGUACGGCCUGCAUUGUCGUUGUCAGUGGUCUGGUUGUGACUGUUGAAAGACAUGGUGGUGUCAUUUUCUCUGCUGUAAAUUCAGCCACAGACGUCUCUGUCCUGUUUGGUUGAAUGAUGCUUCUGCUCACAACAUAAGUUGUGACAUGGCUCUCAAUGCGCUGUUACUUUUGUGGUCGCCUGUGAGGUUUUCUCUGUGCUGUUGGGUUAAGGUCACUUUCCAUUCUGUGUGCAUGGCUGGAUGUGUGUGUGUCUGGGGUUAUUGUGUGGUUGCUGUGACUGGAGAAGGUUCACUCUUUGGGCCAAGGGUAGCCAGCCUUCCUCUUGGAUAACUGUCUCUGUUGCCAAGGGCUUUGUAUAGGGCUAACUGUAACGUAGCCUGACCCUGUGAGUUUCCCUAUUUAUCUAUUUAUUUUUCAGGGGAAAAGGUCACACACUGGGCUGUGUGAGUGGGUUGGCUGGCUGUGGAUGUAUUGUUGAGAGUGAGAGGAGAGGAGAGGGGAGAGAGGGGAGAGAGAGAGGAGAGAGGGGAGCAAAGUGUCUCGGGCUGUUACACUUUGAGAGAACCACUGUUCUCUGGUUAGAUUACUUUUCUGUUUAGACAGGGGGACAGGGGGAGAGGGGGACAGGGGGGAGAGAGGGACAGGGGGAGAGGACAUCACUCACUCUCAACCAACUGGCAUUGUUCUAUUGUCACAGAGCUAUUGUUCUGCACACCACUGUCCCUAAACACACACACACACACACACACACACACCCACGUUAUCCUCCGCUCCACUAUAACCUAUAGCCUAUAUAUUCCCCCCAGGUUCACAUGACUCGUUCAGUUUCUACAUAGAUGAGUCCUCUCCGGUUGGUCCUGAGCAGACUGACGCCGUCCAGAACUUUGUGUCCGUCUUCGGCACGGUGGCCAAGAAGCUGAUGCGCAAAUGGCUCGCCACUCAGACCAUGAACUUCUCCAGCCAGCUGGAGGCCGGCGUCCGCUUCUUUGACCUGCGCAUCUCCACCAAGCCCCGGGACCCAGACAACGAACUCUUCUUCGCUCACGGUCUCUUCAGCGCCACGGUGAAUAUAAUUAAUCACUAUACAACUUUGUUUUACCAGACAUUCCUGACCACCUGACCAGAAAAAAGCUAUUGUCUAUAGCUACAGGUCAGGAACAACUCUGGACCAUGUUCAGUGGGUACAGUAUGACUGGUCUGACACUAUCUCUGCUCUCCUGUGGGGUGUGUGUUGUGUUGUCCUUCCAGGUGAGAGAAGGCCUGGAGCAGAUCAGCUCCUUCCUGUCGGCCCAUGCCAGAGAGGUGGUGUUCCUGGACUUUAACCAUUUCUACGGAGUUCAGAACCUGCACCAUGAGAAACUGGUCUCAAUGCUGAGGGACGUGUUCGGGGAGAAACUCUGCCCUGUCGUCUUCGCUCAGGAAGUAAGAUGCUCUUCUGUACAAACUAAGACUUUCAAUCUCUGUGCUCCCUCAAGAGUGUCCACUAUGCAGGUUGAUGUUUAUUGUCAUGAGUCUUGUCCUGGAGGCAGAACUGAGUGAAUUCCCCUUUAAUAGGCCAGCUGCAAAGUCAAAAUUGGCUAUAUUGUAAACAUUUCUGAAAACAAAAAUUCGCUUUUUGGUCUUAAGUUACGGUUAAAGUUAGUCAUUAUGCUUAGCAAUGUGGUUAAGUUUAGGGUUAUGACUUUGUGGCUGUGCCAGCUAUUGACCACUCUGCAGAGAGAAUUUGCUCCCGCUAUGGCUCUGGAAGUUUCCUAAUGACAAAGGUUUAUCUCCCUCUCUCCCCUCCUCCCUUCCUCUAGGUGAGUCUCCAGUAUCUGUGGGAGAAUGAAUACCAGGUACUGGUGUUCUAUCACAGUCCUAUGGCCCUGGAGGUGCCCUUCCUGUGGCCGGGUCAGAUGAUGCCUGCUCCCUGGGCCAACACCACUGACCCCGACAAGCUGAUCCAGUUCCUCCAGGCCUCUGUGGCUGACCGC